GGAAAAACAUGUUUUGAAAGUAGUAAACAUUUCAAUCUAACUGUUAGCAAUAAUGACUUAACUUUCUAUUCAUUGUUUGUGCAAAACAGAAAACUGCUUUUUAAACACAAUUUAAUUAUCAAAUAAGGUAUGAAUCAAUUGGUCAAUACCACAUCCGGUGGUAUACGCUGUAAACAAACAAAUAAAAAUGUUAUUCAGUGUGAAAAAAAGUAUUUGCAAGCUAAGAAUCUAGAUGCAUCAUUUUCUCUUCCUUAUGAAGAGAGUUGGCCCAUCAUCAACACCAUACAUCAAACAAUGAUGCUAGAAGAAAUAUUUCGAGUUUUUCAGAAUAAUAUAUGUCAUCAGUUUUUACUAAAAAAACAUAAAAAGCUUCUGUUGCAUCAUGAAUCGCUAUCUCUUCAAAUACAAAAUAAACUUUUGAAAAAUAUGAUGUUAAGAAAAUACUGUAAUAUUACUGAGGAACAAGCAGAAGAUGCAGUGCAGUCACUUUAUUCAAAUGAAAAGUUGAAAUCUACAUCACCUUAUUUAUUGUUUGGCAUAAAUGCAGUUACAAAGUAUAUAGAAAAAUAUGGCAAAUUGGCAUUACUUAUUGUUUGUGAAUCAGCUCAGCCCAGUCUUAUGACAAGGCAUUUAAUGAAUGUGUGUUUAGUUCAUGGUAUACAUGCUUGUUCUAUUAACAACUUAAGUAAAACUAUUGCAUCUUUUCUUGACAUGAAGUCAGUAUUGGCAAUAGGGUUUAAGGAAGUAAUCAACAGUCCGUUUGCUGAUCUUGUGGAAUUUCUUAAAGAUAAGAUACCAACUUUAGAUGAAAGACCAUGGUCAAAAUUGUGGAAGAAAACUCACUUUACAGAAGAACUAAAUUUUAAAAAAAAUGUCAAAAUUGAAUAUGACAAAAUAUCUACUGAGAUUGAUCAUGAGCUUAAAGAUGAUAAGAAGUGGUGUCCUGAUUUGUUAAAUUUAAAUGUGCGUUGGAAAGCUAUUAAAAAAAAAAAAAAAUCAAUAAAUUUGAAUAAAUGACUGGAAACCAUAUUAAAAGAAACCCAAGUCUAAAAUUUCGACGAAGCAACUUUUCUGAAUAAUCAACGUCAUGAUUACACGUAACUUUAAAAAAGAUUUGCAAUUAUGUAAAUGAUAUGAUAAAUGAAGAAUUAUGAACUUUUAAAAAAGCCAAAAGGAA